AUGCUCUGUUUAUGUUUUCACUUUUUUUUUUUACAGUUAAACAUGUCGGAGCAUAAAAAGCAAAUACGAUUUUCGGAGAAUGAUGAUUUGUCACUUUUGAAAGAAGUGUUAGCAAAAAAUCCAUUUAAAGACCGGACGAAGUGGUCUGAAAUUAGCGAUACGGUCAGCAGGGGUAGCUUUGUUGUGGAUGGCAGACGGGUCAGGGAAAGGACGAAUCUAAUGUUGGACCAUCAUAAGAAGAGCAAUGCCGAAAGCAAGAAAAAGUCAGGUGUUGUUGAAGAAUAUGACGAGAAAACGGCGUUAUUAGACGACAUUUUAGAAUUAAAAGAGGAGGAAGAGAAAGUCAAGGAAACUGAAAAAGAAAAGAAGUCGGCGGAUGAUCAAAAAGGAAAGGAUGUCCGCAAAAGAGCUCUUGAAAAUUUGAGCAAAGAUGAAGAAGAAAACCAAACUCCAAAGAAAAGAACAUCUUCUACAAAUGUCAUGGAAUACUUACAAACAAAGGUCAACAUUGAGAACGAAAAUAAGAGAGAAGAGUUGAAGUUAAGGAGCGAGGAGCUUAGACUUGAAAGAGAAAGAUUUGAGUUAGAGAGAGAAGAACGCAGGGAAAGAAUAGAAACUGAGAAAAAAGAAAAAGCUUUUAUGUUACAACUUCUCGAGAAAGUAUUGAAUCAAAAAUGAUUUUCAAAUAUGAUGAGAUAAAAUUGUUUAUUAAUAAAUAUCAAAUUUAACAUAACAUUAAUAAAACAUGAAUAAAAUUAAAUACUCCUGUCUCUCUGAAUUACAUGUAGCGUUUUUGUAAAAAGUCAACGAUGCAGAUAUUCCUGUAGGGAUGGGGGAUUUAAACCGAAAAAGGAACCAGUUUCACUCCCAUAUAAGCAUGUGUGGCAAUUUGCAAGUAAUGCGGCUACUUUAUAGUAUUUUCCGAUGGGUUGAAGAUAGA